GUUCAGUUCAGAGGAAUUCAAAAUGGAAGUUUGGUUCUCAGUUGAGAUAGUGGAACACAGGUGACAGGACAGAAAGGACAACAUCUCUUUUGAGUUGCUAUGAAAAAUAGAUCAGGGUUGCGUUCAUUGUUGGCUCUGUCCAAGAUUCCAUAUUCUUCAACUUUUCAUCACUUCUUCCUUUCCUAUAAAAGCCUUCCAUGGCUUUUUUUUCUACAUAAGGAUCGGUAAGAAGUAAAAAAAACAACAACAAAAGAUACCUUAUUUCUCAGGAGAUAAUACAAGAAGCACCAAAGAGCACAAGCAGAAUUCAGAAGAUCCCAAGCUCAGCCUCAUAAUUUUGUGGCAGAGGCAAACGCCUAUCUUAUCAGGUAAAAGUCGCAACAAGAUAAGAGCUAUUGAUAUUUCUAGUUUUAAAUCCACUUAAGAGUUGACAUGGUGAUCUUCAAGGUAGGAUAUGUACCAUCACCACAACCAGGCAACCAUGUUUUCCUCUCCAAGGAUGCCGGUUCCCCAAGAAAGGCAGCUCUUCCUACAAGGUGGAAAUGGUUCAAGAGAUUCGAACCUUGUCCUUUCAACUGAUGCAAAGCCUAGAUUAAAAUGGACACCUGAUCUUCAUGAACGAUUUGUAGAAGCAGUAAAUCAACUUGGAGGAGCAGAUAAGGCUACCCCGAAAACAGUCAUGAAACUUAUGGGAAUUCCAGGACUAACUUUGUACCACCUGAAAAGUCAUCUUCAGAAGUACAGACUCAGCAAGAAUACUCAUGGACAAACCACCAGUGGAGCCAGCAAAGCUGUUCUCAUGUCAGCUGAGAAAAUGCAAGAACCAAAUCCUGCCAAUACAAGUAGCAUCAACGUCACACACCAACCAAUCAAGAAUAUACAUAUAAAUGAAGCAUUGCAGAUGCAAAUCGAAGUCCAGAGGAGGCUACACGAGCAGCUUGAGGUACAUGAUCCUGUCUACUUCCAAUUCAAACAGAAUGGCCUUUUACCUAAAGCGGAAACAACAACAGAAGCUCAGAAUUUACAGAGACAACAUCCUAAGAACAGUCGUGAGAAAGAUGUACAGAGAUGUUUACAGUUGCGUAUAGAGUCUCAAGGUAAAUACCUUCAAACAGUCCUAGAAAAAGCUCAGGAGACACUUGGAAAGCAGAACAUUGGAGUAGUUGGUCUAGACGCGGCAAAAUUACAGCUCUCUGAAUUAGUUUCAAAGGUAUCCAACCAAUGCUUAAACUUGGCUUUUACAGAGAUAGAAGAACAGAAAUUUAUAUGCCAUGAGCAGAAAAUCCAACCCCACAAACCGAUGGGCGAUUGUUCAAUAGACAGUUGCUUAACCUCCUGUGAUGGACCUCAUCAGCGAGAACCAGAUAUGCAAAGUAGUGAGUUGGGGUUAAGACCAUAUAUUGACUCCAGGUUCUUGGAGGGCAAUGAUAUCAAUGAAAAUCUGAAAGAGCACACUAACAUGCUUUUCCCCAAAACAAAACAGCAAGACAUAACAGCUUGUAGCGAUUUGUCCAUGAGUGUCGGGAUUGGAGGAGAUACACGGGAUGAGUUUGAUAAGAACACAUUCCAGCUUGAUAAUCAUAAUUACAAACUCGAUUCAUUUAGUGGCAAUCUCGACUUAAAUACCCGAGAUGAAUCUGAUGCCCCUUCAAGCAUCAGGCACUUGGACCUCAAUGGAUUAAGUUGGACAUAACAGCUACCUGUCCAACAACAACAAUUGGUUUUUAAAAAUGCAACCAUCAAUCAAUUAACAGGGGUAUGGAGCUCUUGACAACAUAGCUGUUCAACGAAUAGAAUUACAUGUAUUAGUUAAGUACUUUUGUAUGCAUUUCCACACGAUUCGAUUCAUUAAGGUUUUUCUUGAUCAUGAGUUUACACGAUAAAUUAGUAUAGAUGGUUAACAAUGGACAAAAACACGUAAUAAUAGAAGUACUUCAAAAA